AUGAAGAAGAAGAAAGUCGUCAAGGAUUCCCUUGAGGAGGUUUCAGAUGAGCUGGCGUCGAAACCCGUGGCGUUGGGGUGUCCCAAGACUGGCAAGGAGCUGGUGUGCUACGCCGAGCGCAUCGCGGUGGUGGGCGGAGAACGAUACCUCGUCGCGUUCCCCAAGGACCCCGCGGUGGCCAUCGCGUUCGACGAGAAUGGGGAGGUCAGCCCCGUGCCGAACGACGACCCCAUCAUGGACGAGCUCUUCCCCCUGGCGGAGGCGUGCGUGGCGGAUCUGGGGCCUGGCGUCACCUUGUUAAGAACACCGACCACCCUCACGGUCCAGGGGCUGAACGAGCUGGUAGACGAGGCUAAAGAUAGGGAGGCCGAGGGCGGCGACCCCGAGGGGGAGGGGGAGGAGAAGGAGGAGGCGGGCGAGGCGGAGGAGGAGGAGGACGACGACGACGACGAAGAGGAUGCGGAUGAGGUGGAGCUUCUGGGCGAGUUUCUGCUGGAAGGGGAGGAGUUUUUGAUCGUGCGGUUCUUGGAGCCGAUACUGAUCCUGGCGAAGGAGCAUACGCCGGGAAAUUACUUGCUCAUCGAUGAGGAAGAAGAACAGGAUGCUAUCCCUCUGGUGGACGAGAUGCUUUGCGGAGACGCUACCAUAUAGAGUUAGCCUUUCAAGAUUGUUUUGAGCGGGGGGGGAGGCACUCUAAUUUUUGUCCUUUGUUGGUAAAAUAGAUGCACCGCUGGGGAGCUACAGCAGUAGAAGUGAGAUGCCGGCGCCAAUUUUGUAGUGUGAAACUGUGUAGUAUUUCGCAUGCGCGCGUCGGCGACUAGUCACCGACCCUUUUUGGCCUUGCCGUGACGUGAGCAACUGCUGUCGGCCCAAUAAUGGUUCCUGUGUGGUGUAAUGCCUCCGCAGCGCGUUUAGCUGUAAGCUCGUAUUCUGCCUGUUGGUUUUGUGUUUCUCGCGGCAGCGGACGAUGUGUGCACUGUACCCUGUCUUGGACGGUACGAUGGGAGUUCAUCGCAAACGCUGGUGUCCUCACGUGGUGGUGGCGGCGGGCGUUGCAACCCGACCCACGUUGUCGUCAGCUGUGUCUCGCUCUCCGCGUUUGUGUACGCAUGCAAACGUAUUUGUCGCCUCUUCCCGUCGCUUCGACCCACGUUGUCGUCAGCUGUGUCUCGCUCUCCGCGUUUGUGUACGCAUGCAAACGUAUUUGUCGCCUCUUCCCGUCGCUAGUUUCGCGGUGUGCCCACCAUGUGGCCAGAGUGCGUGUUUUUUUUCUUU